AUGGCUACUAUGGCGGCUGUUCACUCUGGGCCUUCCAAGCCCAAGGACUCAGUGCUUGACCUCUGCACGAGGUCUACCCUUCUCGGCAACAACAUAUCUGUUCGCAUGCUGGAGUUUCUCACUACUGUCAAGCAUCAACCACAUGGAUUCCGCGAGCUUGCUGAGAGCUUCCUCGAUGUUUGCCGUCACCUCUGGUCCAUCGAGGCCGGCCUGGCUGAGGCCAGUCGAACCAACCAAGACUGGCGCAUGAUGUUCGCCGACAAAGAGAUCAGCAAGAUGCGAGACUCGCUGCGCAAGAUUCGUGAUGCCCUGAGGAUGAGCGCCCUUGUGUUCCAGUGGUCUCUGGGCAACGGCAAGACGGAUGAGUCUGUCGGCGGUGGCUAUGCCAGCCUCGCCGAGGCGCUGGAUCGCAUGAAGAACAAGCAGGGGGCUGGCACUGUCCGCAUCUCCAAGGCCAAGUCGUUCGAAGCUCAGACCGCCAACCAUUCGCUCAAAGCGCUUCCAUCACCACAGCCACCUCUGCCUGCUCUACCGGCUCUGCCCUCUCUGUCACAUGCACCUCAUCUGCGCGCUCACUCUCCUUUCGAGAAGAUGUCUGCGCCGGACUUCGUCCUGGCGGAGAGCGGUAGGUCUUUGACACCGGAGGCUCGUCGACGUGCCUCGAUCUCCAACAGGAGUCAAAAGAGCACCUCCGACCUCGGCGCCGCUGCCUAUGGCAUUGCACGCACCACGGAUGCCAGGGGCAUCGACAGGAGGCAUGUUGCACAGGACGAUCUCACAAUCUCCGAGGUUGGUCAGUAUGACCUGCCCAGCAGGCCCGCCUACUCCAGCAGACUCGGCCGUGAUGAUGCGACCAUCUCUGAUCAUGGGCACUAUGAAGCCCCUCCCAGCCGCAUCUCGGAGCGCCGUCUACAGAUCGGACUUGGCCGUGAACAGCAUGAUAGCGGCAUGGCCCUCACAGUGGGUUCGAACGAAGAUCCCCUGUACGAUCUCCGCAGCAUCGAAACCGGCAACACUUCCCCAACAAAGAUCAUCCGUCUCAAGGCUGACCCGAUGAACAUGCCUCGGUGGACGCCCCGCCACAGCACUACUUCGACUACAUCUCUCAAGUCGGCGUUGGCGGCUGCUGUCCAUUCAAAGAACCACAAACUCGUGGAACAGCUACUUGACCGCGGUAUCUCUCCCGAGACUGGUCCUGAUAUUCACAUUCUCGUAGAUGCAGUUCUCGCUCUUGAUGCCGAGAGCGUGAGGUUACUGCUUCUUUUCGGAGCCGACCCCAACACUGCAGACAAGGAGGGCGUGACACCCCUUUUCGCUGCCGUUGAGGUAUCGGCUAUUGAGAUUGCCAGGACGCUGCUUAAAUAUGGCGCUGACGCGAACUUGUCUGCCGGCCCCGGACUGGAGUCGCCGCUCGCAACCGCAGUCAUCGACCACAAGUACGAAUUUGUUCAGCUUCUUCUGACCUAUGGCGGCGACCCCAACCACAUCAUGGCCAACGGUAACACGGUACUCAUUAUAUCCAUGAGCAAGAAUACCCCGAAGAGGCUUGUCGACCUCAUGCUCGACUACGGCUCAGACCCCAACGAGAAGAACCGUGAGGGUAAGACUGCGCUCUUCGAAGCCAUCUUCGCUGCCCGUCCCGAUCUCGUCACCGCACUACUCGACCAUGGCGCGAACCCCAACCUCCCCGGUCCGAAGCAUAUGCUUUGGCCGGCAUCGUAUCAACCAGAAUGUCUCAAGCUGCUUCUCGCCCGUGGGGCCGAUAGCAAGAAGGCCCCCGGAAGCAUGGAGCUGGCGGUGAGCAUUAACAACAUCGAGUCGGUGCGCCUCCUGCUCGCCGCUGGUGUUGACCCCAAUCUCAAGAAAGACGGCAUUUACACACCUCUGUGCACUGCCAUCCGCGACAACCGCCACGAUAUUCUUGCGCUUCUCCUCGCUAACAAGGCCGAUCCCAACCUGAUGGCGUCCGAGUACCCUGCUUUCAAGGCGUUGACCCCAACGCGCUGUUCAGAGGAGGGUCAUACGCCGCUAACGACCGCCAUUGCCGGGAACCGGCCCGAGCUAGUGGACGAACUCAUCGCCCACGGCGCCAACCCCAGCGUCCGCGGCCAGGACUGGCCCAUCUGCAUGGCGGUGCGUCACCCGGACAUGCUCAAGAAGUUGCUGCCGUCCGUCUCGGACCCGCGCGCCUUCAAGGGUCUCGUCGAGCGUGCCGUUGUUGCCAACCAGCUCGAGAGCGUCAAGCUGCUGCUUGCCGCCGGCGUCAGCGUCGAGGACCGCAACGGUGGCGUCUUCUCGCCGCUGACGACGGCCAUUCGCGAGGACAACAAGGAGAUCACGCGUUAUCUGCUCGAGGAGGGCGGCGCCGACAUCAACGCACCUGGUGAGCACCUGCCUAUCGUCAAGGCUGUGAGGCGGUGCCGUGGCGACGACACGGACAUUAUUGAGAUGCUGCUCGCCAAGGGCGCCGAUGUCAACAAGAUCUACCGUGGCUGGAACGCCGUGAUGCAGGCUGUCGAGAAUGGUGACGCUAAGGUGCUGAGGCUCCUUGUCGAGCUCGGUGGUGGCGCCGACAUGGACGCUCAGGAUGAGGGCGGCCGUAACAUCCUUGAGAUCGCGGCAGGACGGGGCUGGGAGGAGCCAGCCCGCACCAUCUUGGAGAAGUACCCAAGGGUUUGA